AUGAUAGAAGAUGAAGAAGGCCGAGAGGUGCUGCAGCAGCGGCUUUUGUUUGACGAAAGAUUUAUAAACUACGAGGCCCUGAGGCGGCUCCCCAAAGACACUCUGGGGUAUGCACUGAUGAGGUUUCUCGAUUCAAACUCUCUGCAUGCGGGCCACCGCCAGCCGGUGCGGUUCAUCGAGGACGAGGAGUUGGCUUACGUGCUCACACGCUACAGACAACUGCAUGACGUGAUGCAUGCGGCGUUUGGCCUCGGCAUCAGUGUAGAGGCGGAGGUCGCCCUCAAGCUCAUCGAAUUCUAUCAGACAGGGCUACCGAUGACGUUUUUUGCUGCUGCUUUCGGUCCCCUUGCUGCUCCUCAUCUUCGCGUGCUGCUGCCUGCUGCUGCAGCAGAUCCAGCCUAUGCUGGGGGUGCUGCUGCUGCUGUUGCUGCUGCAGCACAUCGUCUUACUCAAGCCCCAAACAGCUGCAUGCAGUUGCUGCUGCCGCAGCAGCAGCAGCAGCAGCAGCAUCAGCAGGAACAGGAUGCAGCAGCAGCAGCACAACCGGCAGCAGCAGAAACAACAGCAGAAACAUCAGCAGCAGCAGCAGCAGCAGCAGCAGCAGCAGCAGCAGCAGAUGAGCCUGUAGUGCUCCACCCGCGUUUUGUGCUUCUAAAUGAAAUGCUUCCUUGGGUGAGAUAA